GGCAGCGCUCGGGCCGAGCCCCUCUCGGCGGCGGCGGCGGCCGCGCAUUGUCGUCCGGCCGUCCGCGGGGCGGGGACGCGGCGGCGGCGGCGGCUCCGAGUCCCCGGAGCCGAAACGCGCAGCCCCGUCCCGGUGGCCGGGCCGCGGGCGGGUGGGACGCCAUGUGGUUCAUGUACGUGCUGAGCUGGCUGUCGCUCUUCAUCCAGGUGGCCUUCAUCACGCUGGCCGUCGCGGCUGGACUCUAUUACCUGGCAGAACUGAUAGAAGAAUACACAGUGGCCACCAGCAGGAUCAUAAAAUACAUGAUCUGGUUCUCCACAGCUGUGCUGAUUGGCCUUUAUGUCUUUGAGCGCUUCCCCACCAGCAUGAUUGGCGUGGGCCUCUUCACCAACCUCGUCUACUUUGGCCUCCUCCAGACCUUUCCCUUCAUCAUGCUGACCUCGCCUAACUUCAUCCUGUCAUGCGGACUAGUGGUGGUGAAUCAUUACCUAGCAUUUCAGUUUUUUGCAGAAGAAUAUUAUCCUUUCUCAGAGGUCCUGGCCUAUUUCACUUUCUGCCUGUGGAUAAUACCGUUUGCGUUUUUUGUGUCACUUUCGGCUGGGGAGAAUGUCCUGCCCUCCACCAUGCAGCCAGGAGAUGACGUGGUCUCCAACUACUUCACCAAAGGCAAGCGGGGCAAACGCUUAGGGAUCCUGGUUGUCUUCUCCUUCAUCAAAGAAGCCAUUCUACCCAGUCGUCAGAAGAUAUACUGACUCCCUUGGGGGGAGUGUGGGGUCAAGACCAGGAGAGUCAGGCCCCCGGGCCUCUGUGUUAGGUAGGGGAGUUGGGAAGGCAUCUCCCACCAGCCCCGGCUCUCCUCCCCUCAGCUCUGAAGCCCCAUCCCCACCCUCCUCGGGGAGCUCAGCUUGGCCUAGAUCUGACGCUGCCAGGGCCUCUAACCCCAGAGGACACCAGGGAGGGUGACAGAGCCUGCUUAGCCAGGAGGCUGAGGUGCCCCAGCCCGCCCCUCCCCCUUCCGAGGUGGAUUGGGAAUUCUGGCCCAGCUGGGGCAGCCAGGGCAGGGUCUGUGGAGCUGGAGAGCAGAUGGCGACACAUUCUCUGGGCAGGUGGCCAUGGGGAGGGCCAUGGCUUGGCAUGUCCAAGAGAGACCGUUUUUGCUGUUGAACUGUGAUUUCUGUCCAAGUGCUGACUCCCACUGAAUAAAGAUUCUAGGUGGCACUGUUUGCCUUAAUACCCUGACAGUUCAUCUUCCUUUCUUCCUGCUAAGCUUCCUGGACCGGACUAGCUCUUCUGCUCCAGGGACUCCUUUCCUGGUUUAGGUCUUGCCCUCCCAGGAGACUGUUCUUGUGGCCCUUAGUGGGAAGGGAGCAGAGGCGAGGACUGAGCCUGUCAGGGAGUGGGGAGUGGGCUCAAGGCGGCCUUUCUUAACACUCCCUUGGCUUCUAUCUCUUCUUCCCUCAAGGCUCCGUGACUGUUGAGCAGGGGGGGUAGGGAGGGAACAGUCUAGGACUGGUUUAGAUUUUCGGAACAUCUCCAGUGUCCUAUUUAUAACUCUUCCUCUGGGGAAAAUGGGUGGUUUCUGGCUGAAUGCUAUCUCAGGCUCAAGGAGAAACAAAAUAAAAAUUAGCUUCCAGGCAGCCUGUAUUUUAGAGAAAUGGGGCUAGUGGGAGAAGCUGCUUGUCACCCUAAGCGCAUCCAAGGUCUGGCCCCCUUCUGUGCACUCUUGCUCCUGGGGAGAUGAUCUCUGCCUUCUAGGAAGGCAGGUUGGGUCUUGGGCACAGACCAGCAUUUGUUGACCUUGCACCCCAACUACAGUGCCUUGCAAGUGCUCAACAGCACAUACUGGAACAAAGUCCCCCACGAGAGCUGUUCCUGGCCAUGUUUUAUACCUCAAAGUGAGGCUGGCGGGUGCAGAGAUGGACUGCACACAGUGGCACCUUUAAGCUGCUGGGAGGACCCCUGUGCUUGAAAAUCUUUGCGUUCAUACCUGAGUUCCCACCAUAGCCCUCAUUUCCUUAGCUUUAGCACUUCUGUUCUCUUGAGUAUGAGCUUUCCGCUUUCCCUGGGAGAAGGAGUACGUGUUAGUCUUCUCUGGUUGCGAAUAACAUUGCCAGGCCCUUUUCUCCUAUGCAGACCAGGACAGACAAGGCAGAGGACCUUGGAAGCUGCAUCAUCCUCCUGACGGGCUGACAGCCCUCUGGGCCCUUGCUGUCCACUGCCUUGUUCCUCACCUGAUGUUGUGGCUUCACCCCCUGCAUCCCCUGGACCGCCAGCACCCCCAGAGGCUGCUGGUGGCUCACAUGUGCUAAAUGCAGACCCUUUCCAUAUCUUACUGGAUCUGGGCAGCACCUGACAUGGUCACCCCCUGCUUCUGGAGUCACACUUCCCUGGCACUUCUGUGGCUGGUUGUCUACCUCUCUGGCUGUUCCUCUCAGCCUUCCGUGCAGGCUUCUCUACUCGCCUCAGGCACAGUGGAGUCUCUCAGGGAUCUGUUAGGGCUCCCUGGGGAAGCCCAUCUGUCCUGAUGGCUUCAAGGACUCUGCCAAGGAAUUAAGAGUUGACCUCCAGCCCCGUAAUCCCACCUGCUCAUCUGACCAGUUCUGCCUUCUGGGCACACAGACAGCUCGGGUUCACGGCCCAGAUGGUGCUUGAUGUCCUCUGCAAGCCUUUCCCUUUAGGGUACCUGUCUUGACUCCAAGAUCACUCGGAAGCCACACAGGAAACCUGUUUUCAACUUCCACUUUCUCUGUUUACUUUAAUCUCCAAAAACUGUCAGUCUAGCUUCUUAACAUCUCUUGGUUUGAGCCAUUCCCACCGUCCUCACCUUUCACCUGGAUUACUAGGACAGCUCCUGCUUCUCUGUCCCAUGGCCGGAGCUGUCUUUCUGAAAUGCAUAGUUGAUCAAGUCACUCCCCAGCCUAAAACUUCCCAUGGCUCCCCACUGCCCUCCAGGUAAAGCCCAGAUCCCUUAGCAUGGCUUGUGAGACUCGUGUCCUGGUCCCUGCUCACCUCUGGUUUGUCACUUGCCUUUUUGCUCUCUGGGUCCCAGCCUCUUUAUCCACAGACACCAUGGCUCUCUCUUGCCACUUUGAUUCCUCUUUCUUGGUACUUUCUCUCAAAUCUCAAUUUAGAUUUUACUUCUUCCAAGGAGCUUUGAAUGUCCUCUCCUCCCCCAACCCCACCCCACACACCACACAGAUCACUCGGCUUACUUGCCUGCUUUACGGUCUGUCACCCCACUAGACUGUAAGCUCCUUGAGGGCAAGGACUGUCCUUGAAUUUUUGUAUUAAUAGUGCCUGGCUUGUGCCUGGCACCUAGAAAGCACUCAAUAAAUGUUUGUUUAAUGAA